AUGAGUGAGGUUCUGCGCAGAGCCAAACACGCACUUGUAAGCGUCAAGCAGUACCAAUCUCUCUUGAAUCACUAUGCAGCUACUCAAUCAAUCGCAAAAACCAAGGCUUUACACUGCCACAUCAUCACCGGCGGUCGAAUCUCCGGCCACAUCGUCUCGACUCUCUCCGUCACGUAUGCCUUAUGCGGCCACAUCGCUUAUGCACGGAAGCUGUUCGAGGAAAUGCCUCAAAGCUCCUUGCUUUCUUAUAACAUUGUUAUCAGAAUGUACGUGCGUGACGGAUUGUACCACGAUGCUAUCGAAACGUUCAUUAGGAUGGUUAGUGAAGGAGUUGAUUGUUGUCCUGAUAGUUAUACAUACCCUUUUGUCGCCAAGGCUGCUGGAGAGUUAAAGUCUGUGAAUUUAGGGUUGGCGAUUCAUGGGAGGAUAUUGAGAAGCUCGUUUGGUACGGAUAAAUAUGUGCAGAACGCGUUGCUUGCGAUGUAUAUGAGCUUUGGGAGGGUUGAAACGGCGAGGAGAGUGUUUGAUGUGAUGAAGAACCGAGAUGUGAUCUCGUGGAACACGAUGAUUAGUGGGUAUUGUAGAAAUGGGUAUAUGAAUGAUGCUUUGAUGAUAUUUGAUCUGAUGGUAACCGAAGUUGUUGAUCCUGACCACGCUACGAUCGUUUCAUUGUUACCUGUUUGUGGUCACUUGAAGGAUCUGGAAAUGGGAAGGAAUGUUCAUAAAUUGGUGGAAGAGAAGCGUUUAGGUGAUAAGAUUGAGGUGAAGAACGCGUUGGUGAACAUGUAUUUGAAAUGUGGUCGCAUGGACGAGGCGAGAUUCGUCUUUGAUAGGAUGGAACGCAGAGAUGUGAUCACAUGGACUAGUAUGAUUAAUGGUUAUACAGAAGACGGGGAUGUGAAGAACGCUUUGGAGCUCUGUAGAAUGAUGCAGUUUCAAGGGGUGAGACCUAAUGCUGUGACUAUAGCCUCUCUUGUUUCAGCUUGUGGUGAUGCUUUGAAGCUGAGUGAUGGUAAAUGUUUACAUGGUUGGGCAAUAAGGCAAAAGGUUUGCUCCACUGUCACCAUCGAAACAUCUUUGAUCAGCAUGUAUGCUAAAUGCAACCGCAUAGACCUCUGCUUCAAAGUCUUCUCGGGAGCUUCAAGAAACCAAACCGGUCCUUGGAGUGCUGUUAUUUCCGGUUGUGUGCAGAAUGAACAUAUGAAGGACGCGUUGGAGAUGUUCAAAUCGAUGCGAAGGGAAGAUGUUGAACCGAACAUUGCUACACUAAACAGUCUCCUUCCAGCAUAUGCGGCUUUGGCAGAUUUGCGCCAAGCAAUGGAUAUCCAUUGCUACCUAACGAAAACCGGGUUUAUGUCAAGCCUCGAUGCUGCUACAGGGCUUGUUCAUGUUUACUCAAAGAUGGUUCAAAGUUUCCAACCGGGUUCGAAUUCGUUCUUCAUCAGAUUGUAUCAGAUUGUGGAUGAUCCUUCGUUGGAUUCAAUCGUCUCGUGGAGCGACACCAACGAUAGUUUCGUCUUAUGGGAUCUAGGAGGGUUUCGCACUAGGAUUCUUCCGAAAUCCGCAGAGUUUGGUAGGAACAUCUCUGAGUUUGUGCGCGAGCUUCGCUAUCAAGGGUUCAAACAAAUCGGGAGAUCUGAAUUUGGACGCCGUGAUUUCGUCAAGAGUAAGCUUUUGAAGAAGAAGGUGGAGAGUUUUGAUGCAAAACGUCAAGCAAAGAAGGCUAAAGCCAAGGCAAAGAAAGCAAGAAAACAAGUCGAGAAUCUCUUUCAGAAUUUACAAAUUUGA